CAAAAAUUAGGCCAACUUUCUUCCUUUUAUUUUCUCCUCACUUUUUCUUACUCUUUCUCUCUCCCCUGUCUGUCAGAUUAUUUUUUUCAAUUUAUUAUACUUCCUGUAAAAACCCUUUGAAAGCACACUCCCCCAGUCCCAAUCCCAGUCCCCCAUAACACAAAAAACUACUACUAACAAGAAGAGACUGAGUAAAGUAAAACCCAAACCUUAAACUUUACUGCACUCUGAUCCACCUCUUUUCUAUCUCUACCUUCAUUUAUUUCUCAAACAAAUCCAGAAAAACAGAGCAAAAUAAUGGGAAUUCGUUGUUCUAAACUUUCCUUAUGCUGGUGGUCUCACUCUCAUCACAAAUUCCAUUCAUCACAUACUCAAGAUCUUGAAGACAGAGGGAAAGAUGAAGGUGAGUCAUUGCCGACUUUUACUGAGUUCAAAUUGGACGAGUUAAGGGCAGCUGCUUCUGGGUUUUCACCAGAUAACAUUGUUUCUGAACAUGGUGAAAAAGCACCUAAUGUUGUGUACAAAGGGAAGCUUAAUGAUGGCCGUUGGAUCGCCAUCAAACGGUUUCAUAGGUCUGCUUGGCCUGAUACCCGGCAAUUUCUGGAGGAAGCUAAAGCUGUGGGGAUGGUAAGAAGUGAUAAAUUGGCAAAUUUAAUUGGGUGUUGUUGUGAUGGUGAAGAGAGAUUGUUAGUUGCUGAAUUCAUGCCGAAUGAAACUCUUUCUAAGCAUUUAUUUCAUUGGGAAAAUCAGCCGUUAAAAUGGGCUAUGAGACUGAGAGUGGCAUUGUAUCUAGCACAAGCUUUGGAAUAUUGUAGUAGUAAAGGAAGGUCGUUGUAUCAUGACCUUAACGCUUAUAGAAUUUUAUUCGACGUGGAAUGUAACCCCAGGCUUUCAUGCUUUGGCCUCAUGAAAAAUAGUCGAGACGGAAAAAGUUAUAGUACAAACUUGGCCUUCACUCCCCCCGAGUAUAUGAGGACAGGUAGAAUUUCCCCAGAAAGUGUGAUAUACAGUUUUGGAACCUUACUGCUGGACCUCCUCAGCGGGAAGCAUAUACCUCCAAGCCAUGCACUUGAUCUCAUUAAAGUGAAAAACUUUAGGAUGCUGAUUGAUUCUAAUCUGGAGGGCCAUUUCUCAGAUAAUGAUGGAACUGAAUUAGUACGAUUAGCAUCACGUUGCUUGCAGUAUGAAGCUCGUGAGAGGCCGAAUGCUAAGACCCUCGUGGCAGCACUUGUUCCGCUUCAGAAAGAAACCGAGGUUGCUUCUCAUGUUCUAAUGGGUAUACCAGAUGGCACAGCAAUACAGGAUUCACCAUCAUUAACACCUCUUGGUGAUGCUUGUUCAAGACAAGAUCUUAUUGCCAUACAUGAAAUGUUAGAAGAUAUUGGAUACAAGGAUGACGAGGGGAUUGCAAAUGAGCUAUCAUUCCAAGUGUGGACGAGUCAAAUUCAAGAAACGCUUAACUGCAAGAAACAUGGAGACACGGCAUUUAGGGCUAAAGAUUUUGCUACUGCAAUAAAGUGUUACACUCAGUAUAUUGAUGAUGGGACGAUGGUCUCACCAACGGUGUUUGCUCGACGCUGCUUGUCUUACUUGAUGAGCAACAUGCAUCAAGAAGCACUAGCAGAUGCUAUGCAAGCUCAAGUAGUCUCACCUGAAUGGCCAACUGCGUUAUAUCUCCAAGCGGCUGCUCUCUUCAGGCUCGGGAUGGAUGGUGAUGCGAAAGAGACGCUCAAAGAUGGAACGUCUUUGGAGGCCAAAUGGAAGAAGCAUUGAAUCUGUAUAGAAGCUUUCUUUUUUUUUUCUGGGUUUUAAAAGUUCCAUAAUUUAUUGUAUUUAUUUGAAAUUUCUGAGUGGUGAGUUUUAUCUGCGUAAUUAGAAUCAUAAAUUCACACAAAAAAGAUUGUAUUGAUUGCCAUUUUUGCUUCAAUAUCAAAGCAUGGAAAAUCUAUUUUGAAAACAUAAAAUUUUGUGAGACGAUCUCUUCGUCAGACGCUUACUAUAUUUGGGCUAAAUAGUCCGACUAAUACAAUUAUGAAAAUUUGAAAAAAAAUAAGAUUAUUUAACAACUUUAUUUAAAAAAAAAAGCUUCGUUCAAACUUUAUUCCCAGAAUAAGCGUCCUUGCCUCCGAACUUAGGCUUGGUGUAUA